UGCAAAUUCCUUUUUGUUCUGCAUGUUCGUCUCGCUUGGUGCGUUGGGGGGCAAGUCAGCAACGCCGCGAUCUGCGAGAGAAAAAGAAGAAGCGGGGUCGCCGCUCGACAGUACCUGUAUCUUUAAAGCCGCAAGCUAGCUAGCGCAAGGCCAAUACAUUAUUUUUGGAUUGAUUUGCCAACAGAAUCGUCUGAAAUUUUUAGAACUAAGGCACCUACCUACCUUAAUCACAGUAGUUGCAAAUCACUUUGGAAGCAUAAUAUCCAUACUAGGAGGCCCACGCACAGUCGCUGCAUGCAUGACAACCUAUCUCAGAUUCCUUAGCCACAGCUAUCUACAAUGACUACCGCCACAGACACCUUCAGGCCGGCCCUAAUAGUCGUUGACUUGCAGGAAGACUUUUGCCCGCCGAACGGCUCCCUCGCCGUCCCCGACGGUCGCGCCGUUGCUCCCGUAAUCAACAAGCUGCUCACCUCGACAGCCUUCGCCAUCCGCGUCGCGACCAAGGACUGGCAUCCGCAGUCGCAUGUAUCCUUUGCCGCGAACCACGCCAAGGAGCCAUUUGUGGACUUUGCUACCAUCACCAACCCGCUAAACGCGUCAGAGACCUACGAGACGCGGCUGUGGCCUGUGCACUGCGUCCAGGACACCCCCGGCGCGACCUUGAUCCCGGAACUGGACAUCGGCAGAGUCGACGAGGUGCUCGAGAAGGGGACCAGGUCUGACGUGGAGAUGUACAGCGCUUUCUACCCGCCACUCAAGGACCCGCGCAUCGGCGACUCUGGGCUUGCUGGAUUGCUCAGGGAGAAGGGGAUCAGUCACGUCUACGUUGUGGGACUGGCUGCUGACUACUGCGUCAAGAGCACGGCGCUGGAUGCGGCCGCUGAGGGUUUUGUGACGGUAAUAGUGGAGGAGGGCACCAAACCUGUUGACCCAGGGGCGUGGCCGACUGUGAGCAAGGAGAUAAUAGCCAGCGGGGUAAAUAUCGUUGACAUGGACUCAGCGGAGGUCAAGAAGCUGUUUACAUGAGGUAGACAGUAUUGUAGUGUUACCUAUUGACCUUUCUCAAGCAACAGCAAUUAUUUAGACUGUAC